CACAGACAGGAGCCCAGGCCCUGCCCUUAGGUGAAUGGGGAGCCAUAGCAGGGUUUUGAAGCAGGAGAGAGAGUGUGUAGCUCGGGACCACGCACUCUGGCUGCUGCAGGACACCUGGGCUGAGACAUACAGGACAGAGCAUGGCCCGCCUACAGACUAUGUUCCUGGGUGUCCUCGUCCUCCUUGCUGUGGCGCUUCAAGCAACUGAGGCAGGCCCGUAUGGCGCCAACAUGGAAGACAGUGUCUGCUGCCGUGAUUACGUCCGUUACCGUCUGCCCCUGCGUGUGGUGAAACACUUCUACUGGACCUCAGACUCCUGCCCGAGGCCUGGCGUGGUGUUGCUAACCUCCAGGGGUAAGGAGAUCUGUGCUGAUCCCAGAGUGCCCUGGGUGAAGAUGAUUCUCAAUAAGCUGAGCCAAUGAAGAGCCUACUCUGAUGACCAUGGCCUUGGCUCCUCCAGGAAAGCUCAGGAGCCCUACCUCCCUGCCAUUACAGCUGCUCCCAGCCGGAAGCCUGUGCCAACUCUCUGCAUUCCCUGAUCUGCAUCCCGGUGGCUGUCACCCUUUGUCACCUCCGUGCUGUCACUCCCAUCUCCCCCCGACCCCUCUAACCCAUCCUCUGCCUCCCUGCAGCCAGAGUGUCCUGUUCCCAUCAGCGAUUCCCCUGCUCAAACCCUUCCAUGACUCCCCACUGCCCUAAGCUGAGGUCAGGGCUCCCAAGCCUGGCACGUGGCCUUCUGGAUCUGGGUUCCAUCUCUGUCUCCAGCCUGCCCACUUCCCUUCAAGCAUGUUGGGUUCUACCUCCCUAUUCUCCAAACCCAUAUCACACAUCCCACUUUUGGGUCUUUGCCUGGGAUGUUGCCGACACCCAGAAAGUCCCACCACCUGCACAUGUGUAGCCCCACCAGCCCUCCAAGGCAUUGCUCACCCAAGCAGCCGGUAAUUCCAUUUCAUGUAUUAGACGUCCCCUGGCCCUCUGUCCUCUCUUAAUAACCCUAGUCACAGUCUCCCCAGAUUCUUGGGAUUUGGGGGUUGUCUCCCCUACCUCCCCACUAGUUGGACCAAGUUUUAUAUCUAAGUUACUCUGGUCUCCCGGCCUUUAGCAUAGAGCACUGCAGACAGGCCCCAGCUCAGAAUCAGAGCCCAGAAUGUGGCUGCAGACAAAAUCAAUAAAACUAAUGACCCUCCCCUCUCCCUGCCGAAAGGCAGUUACAUAUCAAUACAGAGACUCAAGGUCACUAGAAAGGAGCCAGCUGGGUCAAUGUGAAGCCCCAAAUUUGCCCAGAUUCACCUUUCUUCCCCCACUCUCCCCCCCUUUUUUUUUUGAGAUGGAGUUUUGUUCUUGUCACCCAGGUUGGAGUGCAAUGGUGCGGUCUUGGCUCACUGAAGCCUCCGCCUCCUGGGCUCAAGUGAUUCUCUUGCCUCAGUCACCCAAGUAGCUGGGAUUACAGGUUCCCGCUACCAUGCCCGGCUAAUUUUUGUAUUUUUAGUAGAGACGAGGCUUCACCUUGUUGGCCAGGCUGGUCUCAAACUCCUGUCCUCAGGUAAUCUGCCCACCUCAGCCUCCCAAAGUGCUGGGAUUACAGGUAUGAGCCACAGCGCCUGGCCUCUUUCCCCACCACCUUUUUUUUUUAUGACCAGAGUCUCACUCUGUUGCCCAGGCUGGAGUGCAAUGGCGUGAUCUCAGCUCACUACAACCUCAACCUCCUGGGUUCAAGCGAUUCUCCUGCCCCAGCCUCCCAAGUAGCUGGGAUUACACGUGUGUGCCACUACGACUGGAUAAUUUUUGUAUUUUUAGUAGAGACAGGGUUUCACUAUGUUGGCCAGGCUGGUCUUGAACUCAUGGCCUCAAGUGAACCACCUUCCUUGGGCUCCCAAAGUGCUAAGAUUACAGGCAUGAGCUACCACACCUGGCCUCCCCCUUUUUUUCCUAAUAGGAGACUCCUGUACCUUUCUUCCCCGUUUUAGCUAUGUGUUGUGUCUGCUUACACUUCCUUCUCCCCUCAGGCUUUUUUUGGUGGUCCUCCAACCUCCAAUACCCAGGCCUGGCCUCUUCAGAGUACCCCCCAUUCCACUUUCCCUGCCUCCUUCCUUAAAUAGCUGACAACCAAAUUCAUGCUAUGGUGUGAAUGACUUGGUAUUAUAAGCUGGAGUUAUAUAUGUAUUUGAAAACAGAGUAAAUACUUAAGAGGUCAAAUGGAUGAAUGGAAGAAUUUUAGGAACUGUGUGAGAGGGGGACAAGGUGGAGCUUUCCUGGCCCUGGGAGGAAACUGGCUGUGGUAGGGUAGCGCUCUCUCUCUCUCUGUGGCAGGAGGCAAAGAGUGGGGUGUAAUUGAGUGAAGGAAUCCUGGGUAGAAACCAUUCUCAGGUGGUUGGGACAGGCUAAAGACUGGGAUUUGGGUCUAUCUAUGCCUUUCUGGCUGAUUUUUGUAGAGACAGGGUUUUGCCAUGUUACCCAGGCUUGUCUUAAACUCCUGGGCUCAAGCGAUCCUCCUGGCUCAGCCUCCCAAAGUGCUGGGAUUACAGGCAUGAGCCACCGCGCUUGGCUUCCUCUUCCUCUUGAGAAAUAUUCUUUUCAUACUGCAGGUAUGGGACAGCAGUGUCCCAGGUAAAGGACAUACAUGUUACAAGUGCCUGGUCCUUUCUGAGGGAGCCUGGUGCCGCUCUGCUGGGUAUUUGAAGCUGUGAAACUGGAGGAGGUCAUUUCACUCUCUGAACCCAGCCUGACAAAUCACAGUGAGAAUGUCCAUCUUAUAGGCUUGCUGUGGGGCUCAGGUUGAAAGUGUGGGGAGUGACACUGCCUAGGCGUACAGCUCAGUGUCAUCCAGGGUCUGUGUCCCUCCCAAACCCAGGGUUAACCUGCCUGCCGCAGGCACUAGGAGGACUAAUCUGCCUACUGCCCAUAAACGGGACCCUCAAGCAUCCUGGGAUUUCCUUUCCCCUCCUGUCCUGCCCUUGCCCCUCAGGCUUUCUGGAAAAUAAAUCCUUUAAAAUAGU